UGGUCUAGAGGAGUUGUGGCAGUUUUAAAUAUCCCCACACAAGAUGAUCAAGAGAUCCGAAUUAUUUUGGAGAAAGAUCGAGAACAGAAAGAAGUUGAAACAACUCGUCAAAAUCCUUUCACAUUUCACUUUCUUGUUCCAGAUUCCUUCGUCGCCACGUCCACAGCGAUAACGGUGAACAUUUAUUGGAGAGAUUGCUAUCUCAGUGAGAAAACCUUACAAUGCAAACCUCCCAUGACGCAACUGCAUGAGCUGUUGCACAACGUAGUUUCGCCCUAUGAACUAUUACGUCAGAGUCUUGGCGCUGCAACGUCCGCAGAGGUUGACAAAAGUUUGGCCCAAAGCUUUAAAAUGAACUUACCUUCAGAGAGAUUUGACCUAUUGACACCCACUACAGAGUCCAAGCUUAAAAGUGAUGAUGAACUGCCAACUUUGCUUCACUUUGCUGCUCGUUAUGGGUUGAAAGAGUUAACUUCGGUCCUUCUGGAAUCUCCAGGAGCCGAGAAAGCCCAUUGCUUGUACAAUGGCCGAGGACUGCUUCCCGUCCACAUGGCACGCCUAGAGGGACACAACGAGAUUGCUCAUACUUUGGAUUCCUUUAAAGAGAGACUUGAACAAAAAGAUCCAACAUCUCCUGAUUGCCGUCGUAAGAAGACACUGACCGAGAAACAGAAUACUUACAUUUCCAUGCAAAAUUUUCCAUCUCAUCUUGGCAAACUCGACGUCACACCUUUACCAACGACACCGGUCGUGGAAGAAAACGACAUCUAUUUGGAUAUGUCAGGAGUUCGAAAGUUUAGCGACGAAUCAGACAUUCCACCACAUGAGCGGUUACUUUAUGAGGAUCACGAUAAAGCAGAGAACGAGGAGCUGAAGACAACAGAAGAAAACCUUAUCCAAAGUUCAUUGUACAACAUUUCAGAAGAACAGACGAAAACCCACACGACACCUCCUUCGCAGUAUGAGGACAUGCGUCUUAGCGCCUCCCAGCAACAGCUGAUAUCAAUACUAGAAACUUAUAAGCAGGGUUCCAGCAUCAUUGAAGUUGAGCAGAGGUUCAGAGAUUGGCAAACUCAGUACAGCAUGUCAGCAGGCAAGAAUAGAAUACCGCAACUUCGAGAAGCUUACAGACAGAUCCAAAAUACCAAAAAACAACAGUUUGGCAGUAAAUUUGACUUUCUUAAUAUUUUCACUGGAAAACUUGGACAAAAGGACGCUCCGAUUAUCAAGGUUCCAACAGUACCAGAAGAAAAACGUCUUAGUGUACGAAACAAUAACCCAACUGAUGUCAACUCCACGCUCCAAACCCCAAAAUAUCGCAGGUCUGUAACUCCUACAAGUGAGGUUCGAGUGCAGUACGAUACAGUACAACACUCGCCAAGUGUUAUAGCCAAGGGUACAUCCAACACCCUCCCUACGCCCACGAAUGUUUGUCAAGUCACUAAUCUCUCCAGUUCAAGUUCGGGUAGUCUUAGUGGAUCUAAUAUCAACAGUAGAGGAGACAGUGGCGUUUUUUUCUGAUAUCGGUGAAGAAAAAGAGGAGUUGAAGGAUGAUUCCAAGGUAAACACCAAUUUCCUACCUUCUCCAAUACGUGAAAGUGAAAUCACAGCUGACACCAUCGUACUACCACAAAACAAAUUCACGGUGUCAGCCGAGAGCAGUUCACAGCGAGCACUGACGUCGUCACGGAUCGUCUCGACUAAAAACGUGGAAACAGCAGGGCAACAGUCGUUCAGCAGUAGUUCAAAGCAGUUAAAGAGUACAAAAACUCUGUUGGAAUCGACAGCCAUGGCAUCCAAUUACAGAAGAUUAGGCGCUCUACGUCAUAAAAUCAGCAGCGAAGGUCAGGCACCGACGACAACAGUUGAAACUACUCUUACUAGUCCACCAAUUUCAAGACCAAAAAAACCUGAACCCAGAGACUAAUUCCCAAAACUAUUUUUGAAAGUUCUUACGAAACACAAUACGAUCUGCAGCUUUUGGAGAGUCGAUAACACCAUAUUUUACUAUGUCUUCCACAAAUAGUUCGUUACGGAGGCAGGUUUCGAAGUUCUUGCAGACCAGGGCUACGAGAAAAGAAGAAUUUCAUCGCAUCAGGAGGAGGCGGGGUAGGACCGAGACAACUCGGCUGAAUAAGAACCACCUGACUCCGAACUGUUAUAGAACACUUUACUACCUACUCCUAAGAUCAGCAUAUGUUAUAGAACACGUUACUACCUACUCCUAAGAUCAGCAUAUGUUAUAGAACACGUUACUACCUACUCCUAAGAUCAGCAUAUUGAUCCGAAAUUAUUUUCCUUUCCAAUAAGUAAACUAGUUUAAAACACUGUUGCUUAAAAAGCCCAUUGAUGAGGCACUAGUUUUUGUUGAGUAAAUAAUAACUAUUUACUAAACUAAGGUAAUUUUCCUCUCGAAUGAAGAGACGCAUCCUUUUCCAACCGUUUGAAACAUUCAGAAAUAUCCGCCAUGCUCAACCUAGUUCACACUGGAAUGAAAUAUUCAGGAACAUCCGCUAUGCUCAACCUAGUUCACACUGGGCUACUAUUUUAUAGGUUCAAAUUCCAAUUUUUCUUGCAUUUUUCGUGGCCGCGUAGUGGUUAAUGUAUCGAGCUAAGGAUCGAUUUAUAGUCCAGGGUUCGAGACGUAAUGACGCUGAACAUGCUCCACUCUUUUAUUGUGGAAGCGUUAUAAAAGUAGUGGUCAAUGCAGUUAUUCGGUGCAAAUAUCCAGACAAAGCCUUUGUGGUAGCAGAUGCUUCUUACUUACUGUCUUUACUCUGGUCAGUAUACCUGAAACCUAUGAAUCCCUGAUCUGGUUGUUAAGCCUACUUGCACAUAUAGUUCUGCUCAGUUUUAAAGUUUCAAUUCUUGUUUUUUGUUUCGCUUUUUUGCAGGUUGUACUCUCAAGGAAAAGGCUUAUUUUAUGAAAUUCCGUAUUCUAUUCACCAAAUACAGUUAAACACUAUUUUAUAUCAAUUUCAUCUUCUUUUUUUUAUGAUCUACAGUUUGCCAAUCCCCACCUUAUAUUUACUCGUUUAAUGAAUUACAGUAUUAGAUUUUACUUGUAAAAUCUGCCUGUCUAAAGUGACUCAGCGGUAAACUUGAUGGCUUAUAACGCUAAAAAUUCGAACUUCUACAAGACAGCAAAACUAUGAUUAACCAUUCAGAAUACAGUGGGUUCCCACUAUACAUUGCAUCGCUCUACGUCGUUUCAUUAUUAGAACGUUCACCAAUUACUACCCAUGUAUCAAACAAUGUUGCCUUGUUUCUUUACUAGAGCGAUCCAACGUCGUCGACUACUUUUCCAGGUGUAGUGUUUACCAAUUACUACCAAUAUUUUUGAAACAAUGUCGCCUUAUUUCAUUAAUAGAGUGUUAAAACAUUGUCGGACUACUUUACCAGGCGUAGCGUUCUCCAAUUACUAUACAGUGCUGUACUACCAAUAUGUGUUUGAAGCAACGUUGCCGUAUUCCAUCACUAGAGCGUGCCAGUGUCGGACUAGUUUACUGAGCGGAGCGAUACAUCGUUCACUGACCAAGAUGGCGGAGGCUAUAGCCACGUUGUGUUCACGCGCCAUUGUCUAAGUACAUUGUUUUUUCUGCUGCAGAACAUGGCUCCAAAGUGGUCACCUAGUGAUAGUAAAGUACCCCUUGACAAGAAGUCCAGGAAAACAAUCAACUUUUGAAAAUUAAACUGUUUAGGCCUUUAAUGUUCUUACAUGUAUGUUUUGUACAGUACACUGUAGUUAAAAGAGCCACAUUACACCCUUGAAAAUAGUUAUUCAAGAGUGGACCGAAAUAUUUCAGGAACGCAUCUCCCCUUAAUACAUCUAAACUUUGUGUUCCUUAACGUCGUUUCAGACGUACGUCCCACUUUCCAGGAACGCAUCACGACGUACAACGGGGACUUCCUGCAUUCUGAAUGAACCUGUGAAUCUAAACUUCUUAUUUCAGGAAAAUACAACUUGUCUUAUCGCAUCUUUUCUGUUCUCAAAGAUACUAAAAAUUUAAACAAGUUAUUUAUUGAAAAAAUAAAGAAUAAUUGUUUUAAUAGUUUAUUAUUUUGUGUGCAAGACACAAACUACAUUUAUCUUGAAAAACGCAUAAAAAGUUUGAUCUUUCAUAAUCAAAGAAACGCAUGCUAACUACACAUAACCUAGAAAAUGUCGUUUUUCUUUUAAACGUCCAAUUUUUCGGAGAAAGAACAAAGGAAUUUUGAAGCGCAAAAGUGGUUUCACAGCGGGUGGACCCUUUCUGAGCAAACUAUUGAGGUGCAUUUUUUAGUCCAAGAAACUAUCACGUGCGUAAAGUUAUUCAAGAUAAGAUAAAUAUUUAAACAAGUGUUAAAAUAAUUCUCAUUUUAUGCCUUGUUUUGUGUUUUUGUUAGGUGUUAUUAGCUCAAGUAUGUAUAUUUCUUGUCGUACGCAGGGGCGUCAUUUCACAAAAGGUUUGAGGAUGGGCCUCGAGUGUACCCAACAAUUUCAGCUGGGGGCCCUAAUCUAAGGCAUAAUUUUUGUCUAAGAAUAUCUCACAACAACUGCAAUUUUUGGCCUCCCUUCCAAACCUGCUUGAGGGAGUGGCCGUCCCUGUUGGACCUCCGAAUGACGCCCCUGCUUUAGGUGUUAAUAAUCAAAGUAAUAAACGUUAUUUACACUAUAUAUUAAUACUUUUGAUUUUGUAUAAUUUAGGUGAUGCCUUUUUCUUUAGUUAUUAGCAUAUUUUAAAGUGUCGUUUGUGUUCUAGUCGAUGUAAACUGUUUCUUAACCAUUACUGUAUCAAAGCAUUUUUCCAGUAAAUCCUGGAAUUUUUAAUAAGACUUUAUUUUUGU